GGGCAGCCAGCCCUGCCCUAAGGCAGCAACUGAUAAAGGUUUGCGCAAGGGCUAGUGAAUUUAGAAUUCCAAAGACUGCUUUUCGAAGUCGGGGACUCUUCAUUUGAAUGUUUUAAACAGACUGCUUAGGGGAUCCGUAAUCCUUCCACACAGCAAGGGAGUUGCAAAAUCCUAAACAGCCCACAUUAGCAGGUCCCAGGGUGUCCGGAACUGGUGAUGUGCAUUUUUAGUUUCUUCUCCAUUCUGUAGCUCACUCUAAAUUCGACUUCCUCUGCCGUCGUCAUCUUUCCACACCGAGAGCUUUCACGUGCAUUCUGAACUUCAGAGCUCAGAAGUUGUUCCGGUCUUUCACUUUCGCCUCGAACCCCAGAGGCUAGUGCGAAUUACGCAGACUCCUGCAGGGCAUCACAACCAACCUGUGGCGCUUCUCUGCCAGCCUCAGAAAGUUUGUCCCCAGGGCGGCUACAGACUUUCCUGGCUGCAGAGCAGGAAGACUGAGCGAAGCUGGUGUGCCCCGGGGGCUCCUCUCGCUGAGUCUGGAGCUCCUACAUCCCCGAGUUCCCGAACUUGUCCCCUGAAUUGGAGAAAGAAAAGACCUCAAUCCCCUGCACCCUGCAGCGACCCUGAUCGCCACCCUCUCGCUGGCAACACAGAGAGAAGAGGAGAGUCAGAGAGAUGUUGUGGCUGUGGUUAGGGCUCAGCGGGCAGAAGUUAUUGCUUUGGGGCGCAGCGAGCGCGGUCUCCGUGGCCGGCGCCACUAUCCUGCUCAACGUCUUGCAGAUGCUGGUAAGCUAUGCGCGGAAAUGGCAGCAGAUGCGGCCGAUCCCGUCGGUGGCCCCCGCCUACCCCUUGGUGGGACACGCGCUGUCUAUGAAGCCCAACAACACAGAAUUUUUUCAGCAGAUAAUUCAGUACACAGAAGAAUUUCGACACCUGCCAGUCAUUAAACUUUGGAUUGGACCAGUGCCCCUGGUGGCACUUUAUAAGGCAGAGAAUGUAGAGGUGAUUUUGGCCAGUUCGAAGCAAAUUGAUAAAUCGUUUAUGUACAAGUUCCUGCAGCCGUGGCUGGGACUAGGACUUCUUACAAGUACUGGGAGCAAAUGGCGCACCAGGAGGAAGAUGCUAACACCUACUUUCCAUUUUACAAUUCUGGAGGAUUUCUUGGAUGUCAUGAACGAGCAAGCAAAUAUAUUGGUUAAUAAGCUUGAAAAACACGUCAACCAAGAAGCCUUUAACUGCUUUGUUCACAUCACUCUUUGUGCUCUGGAUAUAAUCUGUGAAACAGCUAUGGGGAAGAACAUUGGAGCUCAAAGUAAUGAUGAUUCUGAGUAUGUCCGUACAGUGUAUAGAAUGAGUGAUAUGAUAUAUAGAAGAAUGAAGAUGCCCUGGCUUUGGCUUGACCUUUGGUACCUCAUGUUUAAAGAAGGAUGGGAACACAAAAGGGGACUCAAGACCCUACAUACUUUCACCAACAAUGUCAUUGCUGAACGGGUCAAUGAAAGGAAGGCAGAGAAAGAACGGAUAGGUGCUGGCAGGGGUCCUAUACCCUCCAAAAAUAAGCGCAAGGCUUUUCUUGACUUGCUUUUGAGUGUGACUGAUGAGGAAGGAAACAGAUUAAGCCAAGAAGACAUCCGAGAGGAAGUUGACACCUUCAUGUUUGAGGGUCAUGAUACAACUGCUGCUGCAAUAAACUGGUCCUUAUACCUACUGGGCUCUAAUCCAGAAGUCCAGAAGAAAGUGGACAAGGAGCUGGAUGAUGUGUUUGGAAGAUCCCGUCGCCCUGUCACCUUGGAAGACCUGAAGAAACUUAAAUAUCUGGAUUAUGUCAUUAAGGAGACUCUCCGUGUUUUUCCGUCUGUCCCUUUAUUUGCCCGGAGUCUUAGCGAAGACUGUGAAGUAGCUGGUUACAGAAUUGCAAAGGGAACGGAAGCAAUCAUCAUUCCCUAUGCACUACAUCGAGACCCCAGAUACUUCCCAGAUCCCGAGGAAUUCCGGCCAGAGCGGUUCUUUCCUGAAAAUUCCCAAGGACGCCAUCCCUAUGCCUAUGUGCCAUUUUCUGCUGGACCUAGAAACUGUAUUGGUCAAAAGUUUGCUGUCAUGGAGGAAAAGACCAUUCUUGCCUGUAUCCUGAGGCAGUUUUGGGUAGAAUCCAACCAGAAGAGAGAAGAACUCGGCCUGUCUGGAGAUUUGAUUCUUAGACCAAAUAAUGGCAUCUGGAUCAAGUUGAAGAGGAGGCAUGAAGAUGAUCCCUAACUUCAUCCUCAAGCUGUGACCUUAUCCUGAUGAAGAUCAUUCCAUAAGAAACAUGGUAUCUGUGAUUUUCAGAUGAUGAGUUGAAAACUCUGAAUCCUCAGACCUAGUGUUUUUCCUUUCUUGUCCCCACUGAUCUUGGGACACAGUCUAUCACAGAGUUUUUGUAUGUUUGUUACCAACAUGGAUGACAUGCCACACCUGCUCUUUGUCUCAAGGGCAUUGUUAGCUACCUGAGUUAGCACCAAAAUAAGCAUGUAACAAAAACUAUAACAGAGGGACCAUUGGCCUGUUCAAUUCCAUUGGUUAGACUCAAAGGUCAUCAUUUAAAUGAAAUCUCAAAAUUAAGAAAAUAAUCUUGUUGACUUGAAAUUUCAUAUAUCAUUCAAAAAUGUUGGGUAAUUAAGCCCUUCAGGAGAAUGGGCUUAAGUUCUUAUCAUAUCAUCAGUGCUGUCAGUUAUGAUAUGAGUAAUUGCCAGAGAACUUUCAGAUUUUAUAAUGAAAAGCAGGUCCCUUGCAUGCCCAAGUCAGACUCCAGUCACCUUGUUGACUAUGUGCUAGAAUCUUCUUUCUGUUCUCAGUGGACACAAUCACUUUGUACAUCUUAUUAUUGGAAGAGAUACCUCUCCACAAUGUCCAACCUCUCACAGAAGUUUUAUUGGUGGCUUUUGGAGUUCAAGUGGCCAAUAAUGCUUAUGUGACAUUCUAUUAAGAGUAGGGGCAUGGAAUAGAGGGGACAGCAAAUUUCUUCCCAAGUUCUGCCAUGGCUAGAAGUAGCUAAAAUAUCUACACUGAGGCUCCUCCACUUCCUUUCUGAUACACUCUCCUAUAAUUUAUGUUGGCAUUAUGGAACUCAGGACCAAGAUUGGAUGAAUUAAAUCUCAGGAUUUCUGCCCUCACUGCGGCCAAGUCUUUCUUGUAAUCUCUCUACUUUUAGAAGAAAGAAUCUUCUAUAUUUAGUUACAUUGUACAAUCACACUUGGUUCAGCAUGAGACAUCUAAUUAACUCAGCCCCAUGGAAUGUCCCUGCCAGGCUAGCAAUUGAAUUCCAUUCCUUGCAUUCUAAUUUGGUUUAUAAUGCUACUAUUCCUCACGCAAUGACUUUUAGAAAUUUCUUUUAAUAAAUAAUUUUUAACAGGA